UUUACUAUCGAUUAAUGAUGGCAAGUUCUCAUCUUAAUAUGGAGUAUAUUUUGAUUUGGAUGGCGCGUUAUUUCGAUCAAUAAACAGAGUGGAAAUUUGAAAAUAAAUUAGAACUGGAAAAGAUUUAAUUUGUAAUUUGUAAAUCAUCUGUGCAUUGGAAAUGCAGGAAAAGAAAUGGACGCUGGACGUCGAGUCAAAUCAAUACGACCUAGAGCAGGGCAAAUUUUAUUUAAUAGGAUAUAUGGAGAAGGAAGAAACAAACGAAAACUAUGUGGAUAUUAAGCUUAAAUCAAAAAGUGUGGACACGAAGCAUUGUGUUGUGGAUGUCUCUGGGACCGAUUUAUAUAUAUAUGAUUUGCGUAGUAGGCUCGGAACGUUUUUGAAUGGCAAACGGCUGGGCUGGAUGCUUAAAGAAUGUAUAAAUGGCGAUGUGGAACUUCAGAUUGGUGAAGUAAAGGCCAAGCUAUAUCUGAAGGAGAAGUGUUUAGAACUCGAUACUAGUAAUAUUUUCCUGGCGCCCACUCAUAGAGCUCCCAGAACAUCUUUGGCUAAUACUAGUUCACGGCUGUUUAGUUCUCCUAAAGGAUCUGUUUUAGGAGAUUCAGGGGAUGAAAGUUUCAACAUUCCCGAAACUCAAAAUAUAAAACGAGUUUCCACGGAAAAUUCAAUUACUUUAAAUAUUUCUCGAAACCAAUACGAAAAUGAAAGGAGUUUCGCAGAUGAGUCUUUUAUACCGGAAACGCAAAAUCCUGCAGCGACAGAACAACCAAGUAAAAUGUUAAGUACUGGAAAGGAUACUGACGUAACAUUGGAUUCAAAUAUGCAUAAGUCGAGCGAAAUGUUUCGUAUAUGCACGCAAGAUUUCAACGAAAAUUUGUUUGAGAAUGGGGAAGAUGAUGAGAUACUGUUUUCAUCGUUGGUUAUACCAAAUAUUAAACACAAUCCCGUGAUUUUGACGCAUACUGCUAUGAAGGAAAACAUAAAUACAAGUAAUGGACUUACAAAUAGCUGCGGUGAUGCUCAGAUGGGAGAACAAAAUGCUGACACUUCUCAGAAGACGCAAUGUGUGGAGCGAGAAGAUACUUGUACACCAGAUCUGUUCGAUUUCCCAGAGUUAGCAGAAAUUAAUAUGCAAAUGGCCACUGGCGAAACGAAUAUGAAUUUGGAAGAAGAAAAAAAUCCAGCGGGAGCACCAGGAGAACCGGGCUCAAAAACGACGUCAACCAACGGUCACAACUUGCCAACUAGGGACGGAGUGAGUGAAGGUGAUGGAUAUGCGGAGGAAGUUGAGCUAAUGCCAACACAGCUCUUCGUACCUAUUCCUAAAAAAAUUGAACGUAGCGUAGAGGAGCCUGCACCUAUUACCGGCGCUGAAUUAUCACUAAGCGGCAAAGAAAAUAUUCCGUGUACUGAUUUUGGUCUAGAACAAACUCAGAUUUUUGCACCAAUUAAAGAUGGAAAAUCAGUGGAGAACAAAUGUAUGCCAACAGCGUCGGAUGCAACGAAAGUACCUACCAAUGAGCCACGUGAUGGGAAUACAAGUUUGCUCCCACCUACUCAAAUAUUUACAAGCAACUUGACUAAAUCAGCGCGCCAAACUACUAUGUCUGCAGCACAACAAAAACUCAAUUCUACUUUAAUGCUAACAGCGUAUGGCGACCAGCCAAAAAGUGUUGCUAAUUUCAUUGAGGAUGUGGAUCACACUGAAAAAGCAGAACCUGAACAACGAAAAAUUAUAACGAAUCAAAGUAGCUUUAAGAAGCCAAAACAAAAUAAGCCUAAAAGUCUUUCAAGUAAAGAAACGAAUGAAAAACAUUCCAGUGUAGACAGUUCACGAACUGAAAUAGAUGAUCCGCUAUUGUGCACACCCAAAUGGAUUUCUGAUAAUUUCGAUGAGCUUUCUGUGGAACGAAAUAUCUCUUCGGAAAAAAAACGCAAGCUAUUUGAAUCCGAUUCAGAGGAAGACUCUGUCGAGUUAAGCAAAAAAGAUUCUAAAGAUUUCGAAAGAUUGCUAUCGAAUUUGAAACAAGCAAAGCCAAUUGUUAAGGUUCCGAAAAUGAAAAAUUUGGCAGCUAAGCGAGAAACAUCUAAUCAAGUUAGUAAAGCAAUUGAUACCAAUCCUACUUCUAACAGUCUAAAAAGAAAUGAGGAUGCAAUUGAGAAAGUUAUAGUUGAGGGAACUGAAAAAGACCAAUCCAUAAAAAAAGAUAAGAAUACCUCACAUCAAGCAAAAAAAUUCGAAAUCAAGAUUGAUAGGAUAGAUAGAAGAAAAUACAACUCAAUUGAAGAAGAUCAGGAACAUAAACACGAAAAUAAAAGACGGACUAAAAGUUCUCCAAAAAAAGGUGGAGAAACACCAGUCACACCUACGAAAAGGAUGACACGUCUAAGGUCAAGAACUAGUGAUGUGGAGAUUGAUUUGGUAAGCAGCACGUCGUCAGGCCCUUCACAUGCCAAACAGCGCAAAAUUGAGCAAAUUGAUGAACCCGGAAAUAGUAAAAAACGUGUGACUCGGUCGCGCUCCAAAACGGAGUCUCAAGAAAGUAUUACUUCAGCAAAAUCGUCAGUAUCAUCUACUCGGAUUGCAACGAAAAGGAAAAACUCACGAGAAGAGCAAACACGGGCAUCAACUGAUAAAAAUAAUUCUGCUGAACCUUCAAAACAUACUAAAGCGAAUGAGAGAAAGGAGACGGGUUCUGUACAAUCUGCUGAACCUUCAAAACAUACUAAAGCGAAUGAGAGAAAGGAGACGCGUUCUGUAAAAUCUGCUGAACCCUCAAAACAUACUAAGGCGAAUGAGAGAAAGGAUACGCGUUCUGUAAAAUCUGCUGAACCCUCAAAACAUACUAAGGCGAAUGAGAGAAAGGAGACGGGUUCUCUAAAAUCUGUCGAACCGUCAAAACCUACUAAGGCGAAUGAGAGAAAGGAGACGGGCUCUGUAAAAUCUGCUGAACCUUCAAAACAUACUAAGGCGAAUGAGAGAAAAGAGACAGGUUCUGUAAAAUCUGCUAGAGAUAGCAAUCCCACGCGUGGUGCAGAUGAUGAUGAACCCAAACAAUCAUCAAGCAGCACCCGUACCUUACAGGUUGCUAUGACCAUGGUCGAGCCGAAAGUAUUGCAAAGCUUAGUGGACAAUUCGCCAGGCAAUUGGAGCUUAGCGAACGAUCCUACCGACAUCGACGUUUUAGUUAUGGAUAAAGGAAAUCGUACACUAAAAUUUUUAAUCGCCAUGGCAAAAGGCAUACCGAUUGUUACAUCAAAGUGGUUGGAAUCGUUCAAUAGUACCAAAACUGUUCCGCGUGGACUAACCCAUUUCUUUAGAGAUCACGAAUUUGAAAAACGGCACAAAUUUUCAUUAUUGAAAUCAUUGGAAUUGGCGAGAAAGAGUAAACUUUUUGAAGGCUUUCAUUUCCUUACCACAUCUGGUAUUUCGCCACAACCUGCUGAAAUAAAACAAAUUAUAGAAUGCGCUGGGGGCGAAGUGCACACGGAACCACCACAACCUAUGCAAAAUCAAAGAGUUUAUCUAAUAUCGACGUUGAAAGAUAAAAAAUACUGGCAUAAAUAUCGACGUUUUAAUAGUAAUAUUCGCAUAACAAACACUGAGGGUGUCAUGGCAUCAGUUAUGCGCCAAACCACUCAACCGUUGGAGGCCAACAUUUUUGCAUAAGAAUGUUAAAUCGGCAAUCGGCUAUACUCUUGAAACCAGUGCUAGAUAAAACGUUAGCUAGCGUUAUCAUAUAUUUGGAGAAUUUACUUUAAUUUUUUUCUAAGAUUAUAUUUUAAAUGUUACCUAAAUUUAGGUCAUUCGUUGAAGUUUGUCGCUAUGUUUAAUAAAUAUUACUAAACAAUCGUA